UAUAGUCUUCAACCGUCUUCAAAACCGAUAGGCUCACAGAAAUCGUUGGAGCGUCUCAGUCGCGCUGCCGGGCGCACGCACGACCAGUUACUUAUAGGGUAAAGGGGAGGGACUGAAAAUGAAAUGAAUAACUGAAUGAAACAGAUAAAAGAUGCGCUCUUCCUCUGUGGAAGCAUCCCGAACAGACAGAGCGAUAGAGCGCUAUUGUCGCCUACACAUUUAGCCGCGGCAUAGGAUCUGUCGACAGGCAGCUAUUAUUUGUCCUUUGCAUAUGCAUUUUUUCGUACUCCUGUUACCGAUUAUAUUUUCGGGUUUAAUUUCAAACCCUUUAUUUUAGCAUGAGUCCAGGAGAACAGUUAACCUGCUUUAAUCUGAGUUCUGUAUAUUCCUGUCUGAGUCUUUAUUUGAUUGUCGUUAUCUGCUGUGUUGGGUCUGUUGUAUCUGGUCACGACGCUGCUGCCGAGGAGCUGGGACCGAGCCCUCGGGAGAGCAGCCACAGAAUAGAACCCAUAGAGCGCUAUGAGAUUACCUAUCCACACUGGCUGCAGCCGGCAAGACACAGGAGGUCCAUCCAUGGAGAGAAGCACCCGUCUGAGGCAGAGGUCCUUAUCACAGCUGAAGGAGAGGAGAUGACACUCCUUCUGCACAGGAAUGAUCAGUUAUUGGCCCCCGGUUAUCAGGAGAUAUGGUACAGUCCUAGCGGUUCCCGCCAGACCUCCUUUCCACCCAGCACUGGCCACUGUUUCUACCAUGGUGAGGUCCGAGGUGUGGAGGGGUCCAGUGUAGCACUCAGCACCUGCUCAGGUCUCAGGGGACUGGUUACGGUGAACACCAGCGUCAGCUACCUGUUAGAACCCCUGCCCGCCGUCACCAUGGAUACACAGCCUCCUCACGCCGUGUUCCGAGCGGAGAACCUCCGUCUGCCCAACGGAACCUGCGGGCAACGCCAUAGCAACCAGGGCCAGGGGGAGGGGCUAGGUGACCUCAUCCAGGGAAUGAUGUCACCGUGGGGUGGAAGGGAGCGUAGAGACGUGGGCCAGAAUAUGAAGUAUGUAGAGCUGCUGCUGGUAGCUGACCAUGCUGAGUUUCAGAAGCACGGCAGGGACUUAAAUAGGACGAAGAGGAAACUGCUGGAGGCGGCUAACUACGUAGACAAGUACUACAAGUCUCUAAGUAUCCGUGUGGCAGUAAUCGGUCUGGAGGUGUGGUCUGAUCAGGACAGGAUCAGUGUGUCUGGUAACCCCUACAGUACCCUGGGAGCUUUCCUGGCCUGGAGACGCAAACAGCUACACACACUACCUAACGACAACGCUCAACUCAUCACGGGCGUGUCGUUUCAGGGCACCACCAUUGGGCUGGCCCCUCUCAGAGCCAUGUGCUCAGAGUACCAGUCAGGGGGAGUCAACUCAGACCACUCUGACAGUGCUGUGGGCGUGGCAGCGACCAUGGCCCACGAGAUGGGGCAUAACUUUGGCAUGAGCCACGACAGCCCUGGGUGCUGCCAGGCCAAGGCUGAUGAUGGAGGCUGCAUCAUGGCUGCUGCCACUGGCCACCCGUUUCCGCGUGUGUUUAAUGACUGUAACCAGCGGGAGCUGAGCAGGUACCUGAGCUCCGGAGGGGGGAAGUGUCUGUUCAACCUCCCCAACACCAGAGCCAUGUACGGGGGGCAGCGCUGUGGGAACGGGUACCUGGAGGAUGGAGAGGAGUGUGACUGUGGAGACGAGGAGGAGUGUUCCAGUCCCUGCUGUAAUGCCAACAACUGUACUCUGAAGGCUGGAGCAGAGUGUGCCCAUGGAGUCUGCUGCCACAACUGUAAGUUGAAGAGUCCAGGUGUGUUGUGUCGUAUUCCAUCAGGGUCAUGUGACCUACCCGAGUACUGUGAUGGGAAGGUGGAGUCUUGUCCUGCUAACUUAUACCUGGUGGAUGGUACUUCCUGUGCCGGAGGGCGAGCCUACUGCUACACUGGCAUGUGUCUCACCCUGGAGCAGCAGUGUCAAUCACUCUGGGGGCAGGAUGGCCGUCCUGCUCCAGACCUGUGCUUUAAGAAGGUGAAUGAGGCAGGAGACUCCUUUGGGAACUGUGGCAAAGACCUGGUGGGGAAAUACAGAGGAUGCAGGGACAGGGAUGCUAGGUGUGGUAAGAUCCAGUGUGUGAGUUCAGCCUCCAAGCCCCUAGAGACUAACGCUGUUCCCAUCGACACCACGGUCCGAGUGGGGAACAGGAAGAUCCUCUGUAGGGGGACACACGUUUACCGACCAGGCCAGGGGGACGAGGGACAGGGGGACACACUGGACCCAGGACUGGUCAUGACUGGGACCAAGUGUGGAGAGGACUCGAUCUGUUUCGGAGGAGAGUGCCGCAACGCGUCUUUCCUGAGCGCGGAUGAGUGCAAUGCCAAGUGCCACGGCCAUGGGCUGUGUAACAACAACCACCACUGCCACUGUGAUUCAGGCUGGGCCCCUCCCCUGUGUGACCAGGAGGGGACAGGAGGGAGUAUCGACAGUGGCCCUGUCAUCAACCACAGCAGUCUACUUCCUGUCCUGUUGCUCCUCCCCCUGGUUCUCUUCGUCCUAUUGGCUGCCGUGGGACGAUGGUGCUGCUACAGCCAUAAACUACAUAAAAACCUUCCUCUCAAGACCUCGGUCCCACCACCCAAGACAAUUUGUCCAGUCAGUUGUUCAGUCCCUGCUGAAGCCAAACAUCUACAAACCAACAGUCUUGCCAAUGGUCACCUUGCCAACAGUCUUGUCAACGGUCACCUUGCCAACGGUCAUGCCAACAGUCACCUUGACAACAGUAAUGCAAACGGCCAUGCCAACCCUACCUUCCUACUGAAGAGACAGGGCUCAGACAAACUGAGUCAGUCCAGUCCUCGCCCCAGCCCCUCCACCAGGACCAGGCACACUGUCUUCCGUCCCACAGUUAAACCCCCUCCUAUACCUGCUUACGUAGCCCAGCAGAGACAGGCUCUAUCCCAGCCCCAGCCUCAACCCUCCCUCCAGCCCAAGCCCCAACCCUCUCUCCAGCCUCUGCCACAGCCCAAGCCCCAACCCUCUCUCCAGCCUCUGCCAAAGCCCAAGCCUAAACCUCCUCCCAUCCCCAGCUACCUAGCCCAGCAGAAAGGACCCCUCCCGCCCCUUCCCCCAGCCAUCCUGCCCCCCAGUGCCAAGUCCUCCCCCUCAACACCUCACACACACAGACCUGACCCCCCCAACAGACCCCCGCCCCCCCGCCCCCCUGCCCGCUCUCCAAACCCCAAAUAUCAUUGGACGUGUUACAGAGAGGAGUCCAAUCUGGCGCCACCUGGUGGACAGAAGUAACCCAGCAGAUCCCAAAACAAGAUCUCAGGGAGGAGUUGAGGACCAACACUGGACCACUGAGCUCAGUGAGAUAACUGGACAUCUAACUGGACAUCUCUUCUCUCUCUGUGAGCUGCAUGUUUUUCCACGGUGUCCAAAGCAGACCAUCACCAUCAGCCUUUAUGAAAAACAUGACGCUGUGGGAGAGAGGAGGGCCACAGCUGUCCAAAAUGGCACCCUAAAAGUACUGCACUAUAUAGGGAAUAGGGUUCCAUUUCAGAUCUGUCCAGGGAUGCCAUCACUAUAGAAUGCUACUGUCUAGCCUGGUAGCCUUCUCUGUGGGCCCAUCGCAGUAUUUAGAUUUAAUUCUAACAACAAAGACAAAUGAGUUGCUUGAUUAAGAAACAUCUCUGGCUACUAGGCUAGCUGCCAGUCUAUGUCUUGCCUUACCACUUGAAACCAGGCGUCCUGUAUACUGGACUUUUAUCCACUGAUUUAGUUAUUGUGGAUGGUACCUUAUACCAUGGUUUCACAGUAUCAUGUGUUGAUAUGCUGUUUCAGGUGUAUUUAUUUGCAAAGCUUCAGAGCAAAGAAACUAGUGUUUAAAGUCAAUGUACUAUAUAUGGUUUCUACAAGAGCAUGAGCCUUAAGGGAAUAUUUUAUAUUAAGACAACGCCACUCAUAGAAUGAUGCUUAAUGCUUCUAGAAUGUGAAUAAACGAUAGACUGGAAUUAUAAGGACACAGACGUGCAUGUUGUUGUUAUUACUGUGUAUGUCUAAGAUGAGGGACAUCUUAAAUGUUGCAGUAACUAUUAGAAAAUGAUAUAUUGUUUUUGAUAUGACUUUGUGUUUUUCAUUUUUUUCUGUAUUGUACUGUUCUUGUUUUGUUCGGUGCUAAAUUCAGGUCUUCUGACUGGAUGGAUGGAUAUUUGGACACAUUGAAGGUUAAUUGUUCCUGUAUAACUACAUACAGUAUGUUAUCCUUUGAAAUGUGAUGCAUAGGACAGCGGAAUCAACCCAGUUAUAGUCAGGCCCCUAAAAUCUAUGUAUAUAAAAUAAUCUGGUUUCCGAUGAUUAUUGUUGAAAUUCACCAUCCACAAUCAGACCUAUGCAAACAGUGUGCCUUCAGUUUGAUUUGAAAUAAACUGUUUAAAAAAAGGA